UUUAGUUGUUUCAGUCGGAUUCAUUUGAGCGCUGCACACAACAUGGAGGACAUUGAAAACAAGUUGUAAAAGAGCAGUCAGUAUAACUGAAAUGUAGCCAAACCACGCUUUAUUAUUCUGCUAUUAGACAAUGAAAAUAUUGGAAUUUAGCUGCAGGCAGGGCUGAAGUCUGCAGGGGAAGAUGUUUCGGCUGCGGCUGCGGCUUCAGCCUGGGACUCAUGUUUAUGCUGUUUCCCGGCGGAGUGUCCAUAAACUCGCUUCUCUUCAGAAAGCCACAAUGCUUCCCCCAAAGAAAGCCCAAAGCUUACUUUACCCCUUUAGUGAGCUGGAGGCUUACCUGGACAGGUCUGUGGACAGGACACAGUUCAAGCUGUUCCAUCCCAGUGUGGAGGACAUGGUUAAAGCAGAAAAGCUCUUCUCCUCUUCACCGUCUCAUAAGAUUGAUUACUACGUCUCUGCAGAGAGGAUGGAACAUGCUCCUGCACUGAAACAGCCAGAGGUGUGUUUCAUCGGCAGAAGCAACGUGGGCAAAUCGUCUCUCAUCAAAGCUCUUUUCUCCCUGACUCCUGAGGUAGAAGUCCGGGUCUCCAAAACUCCAGGUCACACAAAGAAGAUGAACUUCUUCAGAGUGGGCAGAGCUUUCACCAUCGUUGACAUGCCAGGCUAUGGACACAGAGCACCCAAAGACUUUGUGGAUAUGGUGGAGCCGUACCUGUUCACAAGGAAAAAUCUGGUGAGGACAUUCCUGUUGGUCGAUGGCAGUGUCGGUCUUCAGAAGGCUGACCUGAUCGCCCUGGAGAUGUGCGAGGAGAUCAGAAGUCCAUAUGUGAUGGUGGUGACCAAGACUGACAAAUGUGGACACGGAACACUGCUGACAAACCUAUUGAACCUUCAGGAUGUGGUUAAAACACAGACCGCAAGCUGCUUCCCUCAGCCAUUCCUGGUCAGCUCCCUCCAGUUUUGGGGGAUCUACCUCCUGAGAUGCUUCAUUGCCCACGUAACAGGAGGCAUCAGGCUAACGGACACCUCUCAAAGCUGACUAGAGGCCAGUUUAGCCUAACUGAGUGGACUUAGGACUUCUAAGCUCCACAUACAUCCCCAUUGCUAGGUCUACAUACAUCUAGACUACUGCUUCAGAGGCUUUUCUAAUAAAAUGUAAAACACUU